GUGACAUCAACCAGAGAAUACGGCCCGACUGCCCUUCGAAAUAUCUGCCUCAUCCUCUCCCGUCUCCGUCUUAUUCCUCCCCCUCCACCUAUAGUUUCGUCGUCUUCUAUCAUCGAUCAGCGACGCAUCGAGAGAUGCAUCAUCCGUGGCCUCCCCCCUCCUUCCGUCUUCUGCUUCCCUUCCUACUUUCCCUCUUCCUGUUUUCCUUACCACCUUCCUUCUCCGACGACGACUACCUCCCGCCAUACGAGGCAUGCUCCACGAGGCAAUUCCUCUGCGGAAGCCGCAACAUCAGCUUCUCCUACCCGUUCAGCCACCAAGAUAGUCAUCCUGAGUGUGGCUAUCCGGAUACUGCCCUCAGCUGCAAUUCCCCCGACUACGCCUUGACGAUUCACAUCGGCGAAAAGCAGUACCGAGUGAAGGAUGACAGCAUCGACUACGCCAACUACCACCUCACCGUCGUUGAUCAAGAUUUUGUUGGCAAUUCCUGUCCCCAGCCAUCUGAGAAUACCACUCUGGCUUUAGCGCCCUUCCAGUACACCGGUGACGACCUCAACGCCACCUUCUUCAUCGAUUGCCGCACCCACCUUCCCUCACCGCUCGUCAACAUCGAUUGCCUCCAAAGUAGCACUGCCGGAGGGUGGUCAUUCUAUUGGCUGGGAACUGGUAGCUUGCCUGAUGACGCGAUGAACGCGUGUGGAAGAUGGUUUGUGCAAGUUCCCAUGAAUCGGACGGCUUUCAAACAGUUGAUGGACGGAGACACGAAUUAUGCCGCAGCACUGCAGGAGGGAUUCACCUUGAGCUGGCCAGCGGGGAUCGGGGAGUGGUGCAGCGCUUGCAACGGGUCCGGCGGCGUGUGUGGAUACAACUCCUCAAAGCCGACCUGUUUCUGCUUCGAUGGCUCCGCUACAGAUGAUUUGUGCGACAAAACGGAGAUCGGGCGGUGGUGCAGCACUUGCUACAGGUCCGGUGGGGUGUGUGGGUACGAAUUCUCUCUGCCGACCUGUUUCUGCUCCGAUGGCUCCGCUACAGAUAGUUCGUGCGACAAAAAGGAAGAGUGGUGCAAUGAUUGCAACAGGUCCGGCGGGGUGUGUGGGUACAAGUUACCAAAUUCGACCUGUAUCUGCUCAGAUGGCUCCCAUAGAGAUGGUUCGUGCGACAAAGGAUCUCACUUCAAGAAGCUUAUUAUAAUCGGUUCAGUGGCAGGAGCGGUGGGCUUCGUUUUGGUCUGCGUCGCAUUAUUUCUAUGUACGCGAAAGCGUUACACAGACUCUAUCAUCUAUUGGAACAAACCGACAAAUGUAGCAAAGAUCGAAGACUUUCUGAAUGAUUAUGGAUCCUUGGCCCCUAAAAGAUACAAGUACUCGGAACUGAAGAAGAUGACCAAAUCUUUCAAAGAAAAACUUGGGGAAGGUGGAUAUGGAAGUGUGUUCAAGGGCACCCUCCAAGAUGGGCGUUCGGUGGCUGUGAAGAUCCUCAGCAAAUCCACAGAAAAUGGAGCAGAGUUUAUAAACGAAGUUGCCAGCAUCGGUAGGACUUCCCAUGUCAACGUCGUGAGUCUACUCGGCUUCUGCCACGACGGUCACAAACGAGCUCUGGUCUAUGAAUUCAUGACCAAUGGGUCACUGGACAAGUACAUCUACUCUGACGAGCCGAAGGCAUCGCUUCCAUGGGACAGACUGUACCAGAUCGCCGUCGGCAUCGCCCGAGGGCUGGAGUAUCUGCAUCGCGGCUGCAACACUCGCAUAGUCCACUUCGACAUAAAGCCCCACAACAUCCUCCUGGACCAGGACUUCUGUCCCAAGAUAUCCGACUUUGGAUUAGCCAAACUGUGCCCUCCCAAAGAAAGCAUCCUCUCCAUGGCAGACGCAAGAGGAACCAUAGGGUACAUUGCACCGGAAGUCUUCUCGAGGACCUUCGGGAUGGCGUCGACUAAAUCCGACGUCUACAGUUACGGGAUGAUGGUCCUGGAAAUGGUCGGAGGAAGAAGGAAUGUGAAAGCAUGGGCAGACAGGACCAGCGAGAUAUACUUUCCGCAUUGGGUCUACGAACAUCUGGAUCGAGAUGGAGGUCUUGAAGCCUACGAUGUGACGGCUGAGACGGAGGAAAUUGCGAGGAGGAUGAUAAUGGUCGGUUUGUGGUGCAUACAAACAAUGCCACCGAGUCGGCCUUCCAUGAGCAGAGUCGUGGAAAUGUUGGUAGGAAGAGUCGGCGACUUGGAGAUGCCACCCAAACCAUAUCUUUCGUCCCCUCAGCGACCGGUCGUCGUCACCUCUUCUUCCUCUUGACGGUAAGCAAACUAAAAGAAGAACUCGGAGUUAUUUUUCCCCUCUUUUUGCCCUUUUUCUUGCGAUCUUCUUGUCAAUCACAUGAAAACUAAUUCAAGUGUUCUGCUUAAACA